UCGAUGAUCAGGUGGAGACUUCAUCAUCACUGGGGCAGCUCCUCAUGAGCAAAACGAACCAGUGCGCAUGCGUGGAACAUUCGAUCACUGGUGGUGUAGCUAACGGCUAAGCUACGGGUCCAGCCAACAUGGAGAGGAAAGUUCUGGCACUCCAGGCGAGGAAGAAGAGGGCGAAAGCAAAGAAGACCAGCAAAAAGCAGCCAGCUAACCCCAGAACUCGACAGCAACCCCAGCUAGAAUCCUCGCCUCAGGAACCCGAGGAACCGGAGGAGAUUCUCGGCUCUGAUGAUGAGGAACAGGAGGAUCCUAAUGACUACUGCAAAGGUGGCUACCACCAUGUGAAAGUAGGAGACCUUUACAACGGAAAAUACCAUGUAAUCCGAAAACUGGGCUGGGGACACUUCUCUACCGUGUGGCUCGCCUGGGACAUCCAGGUGAAGAGGUUUGUUGCAAUGAAAGUGGUGAAGAGUGCGGAGCACUACACGGAGACGGCAGUGGAUGAAAUCAAACUCCUCAGAUCUGUAAGAAACUCAGACCCCAAUGACCCCAACCGGGAGAUGGUGGUCCAGCUGCUAGAUGACUUCAAGAUCUCUGGUGUCAAUGGAACUCAUGUUUGCAUGGUGUUUGAGGUGUUGGGGCAUCACUUAUUAAAGUGGAUAAUAAAAUCCAAUUACCAAGGGCUGCCCCUGCCUUGCGUGAAGAGCAUCAUAAAACAGGUACUCCAGGGAUUAGACUACUUGCACACAAAGUGUCAGAUCAUCCACACAGAUAUCAAGCCUGAGAACAUCCUGAUGAGUGUUGAUGAGCCUUAUGUCCGCAAGCUCGCAGCAGAGGCCACAGAGUGGCAGAGGGCCGGGGCACCUCCUCCCUCCGGUUCAGCAAUUAGCACAGCACCUGCUCCAAAACAGACAGUAAAAAUGUCCAAGAACAAGAAGAAGAAGUUAAAAAAGAAGCAGAAGCGUCAAGCGGAGCUGUUAGAAAAGUGCAUCAUGGACCUGGAGGAAAUGGAUAAGACCACAGAGACACGAGAAGAGGAAGAUGACGAAGAUGAGGAUCCACAGUCUCCAAAGGGACGGGUGUGUGCUCCUCUCAGACAGGUGUCUCUUCAGGAACUAGGAAACGAGGAAACAGUGGAGAGUCAGGUGCUUGCAGAUAUCAUGAGGGCGGGACCAGAGAGGCUGUCGGAGGUGAACUGUAAUGGCCAUGUAGAGGUGGAGCAGAGACAGUCCCAGUGGAGGGAUGAAGACCAACACAAUGGCAACGCAGAGCCCACAGAGAAAUGUGCCAGUCAGGAGGAGCAACGUAAGGAGUCCCCUGUCCACCCCAUCUCCAAUGGUGUGGACUCUGCCGAUCUCAAUGAGCUAGACACUGAGACUGAAGGCAGGGGCGCUCACAGCAGUGGAGUUACCGACAGACACCUUCCUGCUGGGCUGGAGGAGGGAGAGCUGCAGCAAAGCAUUUUGCAGGAGGAAGGAGAGGACCAGCCUGACUGUCAAUAUGGGACCCAAGAAAGCCUGAGAAAUGACAAGCUAACAGCAGGAUCCCUGCUAGUUAACCCCCUUGAGCCACUCAAUGCAGACAAGAUCAAGGUCAAGAUUGCAGACUUGGGAAAUGCCUGCUGGGUGCACAAGCACUUUACCGAAGACAUACAGACACGGCAGUACAGGUCCUUAGAGGUGCUAAUUGGUGCUGGAUACAGUACACCGGCCGAUAUAUGGAGCACAGCCUGCAUGGCCUUUGAACUUGCCACAGGGGACUACUUGUUUGAACCACAUUCUGGGGAAGAUUAUUCCAGGGAUGAAGACCAUAUAGCACUGAUCAUUGAGCUGCUGGGGAGUGUCCCACGCAAACUCAUAAUGACCGGCAAAUAUUCCAAGGAUUUUUUCACCAAGAAAGGUGACUUGAAACACAUCACAAAGUUGAAGCCGUGGGGGCUGCUGGAGGUGCUGAUCGACAAGUACGAGUGGCCCCGAGAAGAAGCAGAGUGCUUCACUGACUUCCUGCUUCCCAUGCUGGAGCUGAUCCCUGAGAAGAGAGCCACGGCCGCAGAGUGCUUGCGCCACCCCUGGCUCGCCCUCUAGUGGAGACCUCUAGCCUUUGCACCUCCCUUCUCUCCUACUUUUCUCCAGAGACUGCAACAGAUCACUUUCCAGUUUGGGCAUAUCAGAUGAAUAUUUAUUUCUCUUUUUUUGUUUUGUUUUGUUUUUUUGGAUUUCUUAUGUUCUUGUUGUUGAGCUAAUGCUUCUGUGUAUGUUUUCUUUGUAUUUGUUGGUUCUUCUUUCGGUGUGAUGAUGUCAGGAGUCCAGUGGAUUAUAUUUCUUUGUGGUUAUGUUGGCUCCAACUGCUGUGCUCCGUUCACCCACCCAACUAAGCAAACCUGUUAUUGUACUGCUAGUGACUCAUGCUUGUUUGUUACACUCCUGCACUAAAACCCAAACAAACCAAGGAUAUGUAGCCUUUAAUGGUCAUUUUUGUCCCCUUAAAAAGGACUCCCUAUCACCUUUUUCCUCGUACAUUUUCAUUAGUGCUGUGUUCUCUCAUUUUUUUUUUAUAAUGAAUUACUUUAUCUUAUAUUACACAUGUAAGGUAUACAUUUUGUAUUUGUAAAGUAGAUUUAGAAAGUUGCACACUGGGCUGACAUUGACACUGACUGUGGUAAUGUUCACAGCAUUUUUCCAGACAGACUUUAGUUUCUUACUGAGACAUCCACUGUCUGAUAAAGUAGGUCAUAUUAUUUAGCCAUAACAAAUCUGUCACCUGGUAUCUAGUGUGGUUAGUUAUUAUAAUAAAUGAGAUCUUUCAUUCUCAUGGGAGGCUGGUAUUCUCAUACACCUAAUACAAUUCAGGAAUAUAGUGUUUUAAAGGUUUCAACAAGACGACAUUUUAGGAAGCCCGAUUUAAAGGAAAAAAGAAGUGAAAAUAAACUGUAUAUAUCUGUACCAAAGAGUUUGCCUUUAUGUAUAUUACAGUUAUGUACAGUUUUUAACAAAUCUUAUAUCUUAGCUAAAAUUAUUUAGCUGGGUAGCUGUGUUUUAAUAAAAGCGUAUGGAAGAUGUGUUUGAGCUCAAUUGUAUGUAUGGCCAACUGUUCAAUAAUGUCACUGUUUUUACCAUAGAAAUGGUGAGAUCUGAUGUUAUGUAAUGGUGUCUCAAAAAUUGAUCAUAUCAAAGGUAACCUAUGUAUCUGUUGAGGCCUAGGCAAAUGAAUUUACAUCAGUGUCAGAUUCAAGAACAUAGACUUUGUGUGAGCUGUUGAUUUACAAAACUGUACAACACACCAUACAAUAAAACAGAUGUUCAUACAAUACAAAA